AUGAAUAUAAUAACAAUAAUGUCAACAGUUUGUGUUUUAAAUGUCCAUUUUCGUUCUGCAUUAACCCACCAAAUGCCUCAAUCUGUUCGAAUUUUAUUUUUAAAUUUUUUACCAAAACUUCUUUGUAUGCCACUUCCACAGCCCCUUCGAAGAAAUUUUGGGAUUUCUUCUAUUCGUCACCGCCCAUUAAACGUUAGGGGAGGUAAAAGAUUGGCAGAAGUUGAUCAACAAAAUACAGAAAUUGGAGUUGAUAGUAGUAAUACUCUUCCAUUUAAUAUUACUAGAAAUUUAUCUUUAAAUAAUAAUACAAAAUUAAAAAAGAAGCAAAUUAUUAGAAGAAAACGUUUUUUAACAACACAAAGUCAAAAAGAGAGAAGGUACCGUAUUUCCUAA